AGUUAGAGGAAGUAGCCGCCUCUGGUAGGUUGAUAACGAGCGCGGAGUGGAGAACUACAGUAUCUCACGUUACAGAACAGGGCGCAGGGGACGCUGCCAUUGUGAAGUGAACACAAGUUCUCUCACAGGACAAUUUUUUAUUUUUUAAAGUUCUUCUCGCUGGACAACUUUUCUAACAACUCUGUGCGCGCACCAUGGCUGACAAGAUAGACAUGGAAGAAGAGAAGGCGUCCAACGGCGAGGCACUCUCCAAUGGACUCGGCAACCCGAAGAAGCGCAGCCCGGAGUCCAUGUCCGAACGGGUGAAGCGAAUCGUGAGGAGCAACCUCCUGGUGAUCCUAACCGUGGCCGGGGUCAUCAUCGGUGUUUUCAUCGGGCUCGGUGUACGAAAUGCGGAGCUCAACAGGACGCAGAUAAUCUACAUCGGCUUCCCAGGUGAGCUCCUCAUUCGGCUGUUGAAGAUGAUCAUCAUACCCCUGGUGGUGUGCAGCCUGGUGUCCGGAGCGGCCAGCAUCGACCCGAAAGCCCUGGGCAAACUCGGCGGCUGGGCCAUGCUCUUUUUCCUGGUUACCACCUUGAUCGCUUCCUCCAUUGGGGUGGUCAUGGCUUUCAUCGUGUCCCCUGGCUCUGUGCCACUGGGGAAACCUAAUGUCGAGGGUUUGGAGGAAGACGUGCCGCAGGCUAAAGAGGUGACGGACUCCUUCUUGGAUUUGAUCAGAAACAUCUUUCCUUCCAAUCUGGUGUCCGCAGCCUUCCAAUCGUAUGCAACCAGUUACAAGGUCAUUAAGAAGAACAGCACUGAUGGAACCCUCAACAUCACAGAGGAGAAGGUGCCAAUCGGAACAGACCAGCACGGUAUGAAUAUUCUGGGUCUGGUGGUGUUUGCCAUCGUCUUUGGAAUCGCUUUACGAAAGCUGGGAGAAGAAGGAGAGAUCCUCAUCAAGUUUUUCAACUCCUUUAAUGAAGCCACCAUGGUGCUGGUCUCCUGGAUCAUGUGGUACGCACCCAUUGGUAUCAUGUUCCUCGUCGCUGGCAAGAUCGUGGAGAUGGAGAAUGUGGCGUUGCUCUUUGCCAGCCUGGGGAAAUACAUAGCCUGCUGCAUUGUGGGACACAUCAUCCAUGGUGUCUUUGUCCUUCCUGCCAUUUACUUUGUCAUCACCAGGAAGAACCCGUACACUUUCCUGUGGGGGAUUUUCACAGCACUGGCUACAGCUUUUGGAACAAGUUCAAGCUCUGCCACUCUUCCGCUGAUGAUGAAGUGUGUGGAGGAGAAGAAUGGCGUGUCCAAGCAAAUCAGCCGCUUCAUCCUGCCAAUCGGCGCCACGGUCAACAUGGACGGAGCCGCUCUGUUCCAAUGUGUGGCCUCAGUUUUCAUAGCUCAGCUGAACGACACUUCACUCAACUUCAUCCAAGUCAUAACCAUCCUUGUGACGGCGACGGCGUCCAGUGUCGGAGCAGCCGGAAUCCCUGCUGGAGGUGUCCUCACCCUGGCCAUCAUCUUGGAGGCGGUGGGUCUGCCCACCAAUGACAUCUCUCUUAUCCUGGCUGUGGACUGGAUUGUUGACCGAUCCUGCACUGUCCUGAACGUAGAGGGCGAUGCCUUCGGUGCGGGAAUCCUGCAGUUCUUUGUGGACCGUACGGCCAAACAGCAGGAAGACACGGAGCUGAGCGAGAUCCGGCUGGGGGGGGAGCCCUCGGCUGCUGUGCCCGAGCACUCACCGCUCAUUGAGAAGCGAGGUCUGGGAGAUACUGCCAAAGCUUAGCAGGCUAGCAAUUAGGAGUCUGUUGUCUAAAAUCAGUUGCUCACAAGCAACUGAAUUGUUUUUUUGUUGUUUUUAUAUAAAAGAAAAAGGAAAAAAAAAACAAAAAAGCUGCUGAAGCUGAAAACCAAGGUCUGGGUUUCCCUUUUAUAAUUUUAUUCUUCUUGUCCCAAAAGGAAGGUGUGAAGCAGUGAGAAGGAACAUUCACAGCACAAUGAAAACAUAUCUGCCUUAUCACUCACCUCUUUUGCAGUGAGGGUGGGAGCUGGGUGGCAUUUAGAAAUCCAUAUUAUGCAAAGUGGCUUUGGGGAUUUUUUUAUCGAGGUAGUGUUUUGUUUUUUUUUUUUCUCCCCUCAACUUCUGAUGUUUCAACUACUUUAUCCUUAUUGAUUUUUAGAAAAUCUGAAAUGUCCGUUUGACUGUCAUUUAACAGUUCAUUCUGGUCCAUGUGCAGUCUUGUGACCAUAUAUUUAAGGAGUGCGAUGACGGAACGCUGAGGAAUUUUGAAUAACAGAGACAGUCCUAAAAUCAGAGACUUUCUAAAGUGUGCAUGUGUCUCUGUCGCUCCAGGUACGCGAGUGUGUGGUUUUACAUUAUACAUUGUAUGUUAUGAGAGGUUUUACUGUAUACUAUGUGUGGACGAAAUAAGGAAUUCGGCCACUUUCAUGCAGACUAAAUCGAAUGCAAAUGGCUUGAAAACUAACUCUAGAUGUAGCACAGUACAAACUGAGCAUUGGUUUUCAGUCUGCAUGAAACUGACUCUGAUUGUCUAUGAAAAGCACAAAAACAUCCUGUGUUUGUCGUUCGCAACUGGGGAAACCAAGGCUCUUUUAUAGGUUUGUUCUACUGAUGCAGGUGGGUGCUUUGUAUACAAUCUGAUGCUAACAGUACACUAUAGUUAUAUUAUUACUACAAAGUGGAAGGAAUGCAGUAAUCACACUUCAGACAUCCCAAGGUUUAGUAGAAAGAAAAACCCUUCUGGAAGCUUGCUGAACACGCACAAAUUAAUCUUUAAACUUUUCUGCCUCCUUUUAAUGGACCACAAAUCCCGAGGUUCACUUCUUGCUUCAGUGCUAUUCUUGUGCAAAUUAAUAGCUGAGGAACCAAAAAUGAUUUUCUCUCAUUACCGGGGCUGGUAAAUGGGCCUAAAUGAGGCUGUUUUAAUGCAUAAUGUGUAACGUGAGACGUAUAAGUAUCAAGUUCUAAGUGACUCCAUAUUUGUCAUGUUUGCGUCGGUGGCUUGUUAGCAUAGGUUGUGUGUUGAAUGAUGUUGGCAUGUUUCUGCUUCUGCUAUAAAAGCUUUAAGCACAUUUUUUAUUAUUGUUGUUGUUGUGUGGAGCUUAGGCUUGUAUGUUUCUCCAUGUUUUAAAGCGUAUUUAUUUCUUAAAACAAUUUCCAAAGACUUUUUAGGCCAUUGUUACAACACGACCCUGACUGAAAUUAUUUUUUCUUGCCAACGUAUCGAAGAACUGCAUUUAAAACACUUUUUAUUUUGUCGUCUUUUUUAAUUUAGUCUCCUUUGCUUGUAUUUUCUGUGCUGGUGUGGGGUACAUUAACUGUAACACUAUGGUGUUUUUAUUCCAUUACUGAAACAUGUCUGCCUUGGAGGCUAUCUGUUAAGCUGGAUUGAUUUUACCUUUUCUUUCAUACCAACUAUAACUCAUCAGUUGUAAUUGAGAUUAAAUAUGUGCAGAGUUUGAGGAAUAUUCUUGCAAUGGGUGUUUUUAUCCUUUACUUGUACUAAGUCUUACUCAUGACACCAAAGUUCACCUCUUCUUUGUUUGGUGCUGGUUUGUGAACAUAGUUAUCAGAGAUGUUAUAUUUCCUUACUGGGGUAAUUGACAAUAUGGAUGUUUGCUCUGUUUAUAGGGUGUGUAUGUUCGUGUGUGUGUAAUGUAUGUUUUGUAUGGUACUUGUGAUUUUACUACAGUGGAGUUCAGUAACGUUACAUGUCAACGUUACUCUAGGUUCUAAAGCAAAUAAAGGCCUUUAAUUACCUUGA